AUGGUCUCUGGGACGCUUGUUGAUGCUCUCGUGUCUCCUUCGCGUACUGUCGAAGAGCUUUAUACAAAGGCCUGUAAGGAAGGGAAGACAAAUGACCUCCCAGUUAUUGUUAGAGAGCAUUUCUCUUCGAUAUUUGCGGGCAACGCGCUCGACCAGAUCCCGCUUCUGAAUACGGUGCAUCCACCGAGUGCGUUUGCACCGAACUCCUUGGUCAGAUUUCGUGCCAUGGUGCAAGAUACUUCCUGUUCGCCGGAGAUGUACCUUUGCUCUUCGAACGGGUUAGCCUGUGCAGGUUGGGGUUUGGAUGCUGAUGAAGAGACUGUGGAACAACUUCAGGCGCACGCAGACUCCAAUGCUCUGAGAGAGCGAGACGUGUUAUGGGCUGUGAACAUCCCUGGUGAAGGCCAUUGGUGCGACUCAUCCCGAAAUACUCCGGGAGCGACCUCGCAAAGCAAAUCUCACAAGUUUCCUUUACCUGAUGCUGCGCAUAUAGCCAUUCAACUUAAGAUCUAUGACAAUACUGCGGAUUCAUUAAAGCCCACAAACAUACACGAAUUUAUUGGUGUGCUGACAUCUGAGCCCGUUCAUUCAGAAUUCGCUGAGGAAUACGAUGCACCAACGUUGCAUAUAAUUUUCCACCGCACGUUACCCAAAACAAUGACCCUGUCUCUACCAUCUGAGACAGAGAGCUUGCGAGUAGAAAGUAUCCGAGAUUCAUUGCUCAACUGGAUGUCCUCUGAAGCAUUUGGCGGGGAUCACGACGCAGCAGAGUGGAUCUUGCUGAGUUGUCUGUCCUCCGUUGAAUCCCGCAAUCCUCCACUCUUUCCGUUGUCUGUAACACUCUCAGAACUACCGAAACCGGAUGCUGAAGAUAUUCCGGCCAUCUCUCAUGUGUUAUCAGAAUUACUUUCUCUGUACUUCCUUCUUCCGCUGAGUCUGAAGCUGUUGAAUGAAAGAAGUUUCGUUCCCGAGAGCAAAGACGAGGACCUCCACGCAGGCAUUUUGCAAGUUCCUAGUGACACAACCAUAGUCGUUACGGAGACAGGUAUCGCCGAAGGAAGCUUAGCGCAGAAGGGCAUAGAAAACGUUCAGGCACUUCAAGAAGUGGCAAAACUACAGACCCUUCAGUACAAAUUUCCGUUCAGCCAAUACUCCUUCCCGACAGAUAUCAAGUUUAUCACAGUCACGGAGGGAAAGAAGAGUUUAUUCCUCGAUUCAAACAUCACAAUCCCUAUACGGAGUAAAGCCUCGUCGGACCUGUACAAAGGGAAAGAAUCAAUAAACUGGCCAUCUCCCGAGACACUCUAUUCUUUCCGCGAUUACAUUGUCCGUGCCAAGUCUGCGAAAGUCACUGUGGGAGAACAAUUAUCGGAACAUAUCAAAAACGAUUUUGUGCGGGAGCGACAAAAAAAGGGCUCUAUUACGCCUGAUGACCUUACGCGAUGGAUGAUGAUAGCUAGGCUUAUUUCCUUGUCGAAGCUUGAAGGUGAAAUGACAAUGGAGACGUGGAACGCUGCCAAAGACCUGGACGCUCGUAGACAAACACGUUUGCGAUGA